AUGAUGGCAGAGUCCAAGGUCCUUGCUUCUCCAAUUAACUUGCGUCAAACCGCUCUUCCAAAGACUUUCCCCGAGAGCAUGAAAGAGCCAGUCGCGAGAGGGUCAAGUUUUGUUCAAUAUAGCCACCCAUAUAAAACAUACGAUCGUUUUUUUGUUGGGAUGGAGCCCCAGUGGGGUGGGAUUAAUGCCAUUGAAUUCACAGAAAACCUUCCAGUGGCAUAUGUCAAAAAGUUUACAACAAACGAUACAGAGAAAAAAGUGGGCCAUUUGAGGGCCACUCACCAUCACAACCUGGUCAACCUCAAAGAGGCCUUUGUAACCGAUAACUCUGUUUUUUUUGUUUACGAGCGCUGGGGUAUCUCCCUGGAGGAAAUUUGCCAACUUUGGCCGGUAUUCAAACUGGGCGAAGUUGAAGUAGCUACACUUUGUAAUGAGGUUCUUAACGGCUUGAGUUACAUCCAUGAUGAACUUGGUGUUGGCCAUGGAGACCUGUGUCCGGAAAAUAUUUUCGUCAUGGAGAAUGGAGAUGUCAAGAUCGGGAAUGUUGGUGAGAGUAUGAUCCGUGCGUCGAACCCGUGCAGAAAGACCCAGGAUCUGCAGGCGGUAUGCGCUAUGAUACGAAACCUACUUCGCCUGGAUAAGGCUGAAGAGGCGGGUGGGACUAGCAACUUCUCAAACAUCCGUUUCUUAAAAUCAAGUCCGGGAGCUGGUGUCUUCGACCGAUGA